AUGUCUCUUUGGUUCCUCAAUAAUAAAGAACCACAUCGAACACUAUCCAAUCUUUUUGACAUAUCAAUAUCAUCUGUAUUUCGCAUUAUACGUCGAGUUAUUAAUUGGCUAGUUACCUUAGUGCCUGAAGUUAUUGUAUGGCCUGAAGGAAAUAAUAUAACUAAAGUAUCUCGCAAAUUUGAAGAAAUAGCAGAUAUCCGUAACUGUGUUGGAGCCAUAGAUGGCUCUCAUAUUUUUAUUAAUAAACCUGAAGAAAAUGGUAGGGAAUAUUUUAAUAGGAAGCAGUGUUACUCAAUUCUUUUACAAGCUGUUACCGAUAGUAAGAUGAAAUUUACUAAUAUAUAUUGUGGCGAUCCAGGCUCUUUUCAUGAUGUCCGUAUGUUGAGAAGAUCUGAGCUAUUUCAAGUUGCUGAACAGGAAAGAGAAAACAUUUUUCCAAAUAAUACGUUUUUAUUAGGAGAUAAAGGUUAUAAUGGAAUAGCAAAAAAAUGGAUUGUCUCUCCUUUUAAAGAUAAUGGUAAUCUUACGAUAGAACAUGUAGAAUUUAAUAGAAAAAUUUCAGCAACUCGAGUAGUAGUUGAAAGAGCUUUCGGUAUUUUAAAAGGCCGAUUUCGACAAUUACAAAAAUUACCGUUAUAUGAUACCCAUUUUAUGACUUGGAUUAUAAUAGCAUGUUGUGUACUUCAUAAUAUAUGCAUAAAUAAUGGAGAUGACGGUGACGAUUUUUAUAUUGAAGAAGAUAUAGAACAAAAUGAGUUAAACUGUAACGAACAAAGAGACGAAAAUGUAAAUGCAGGAAACCUGGAUCGUCGAACAUUAUUGUUUCGAGAAAUGUAUCCUUGUAAUAAUUAA